CUUCGGCUGGCUGCCUGCCCUCUCGCACACCACACACGAAGACGACAAGGGUUGUAACUGGGAUAUCAAAAUAAAUCGUUUAAAAUGGACGCCGAUGGAUUACCUCUGGUUGGGCCUGGUGUAGAUUUGUCUAAGGUCGGUGCAAUUCACCCCAAGAGAAUGUUGGCAUUCCUUAAUCACUUUGUGUCACACACAACAAGAUUCCUGAACAGAUUUUCAUGUGUUUGUGAGCAGAAAUUAUCAGAUUUGAAUUUACGAAUUCAGCAUCUUGAAACCACAAUGAAUUUGUUAGAAGCAAAAUUGGCAUCAAUACCGUGGCUAGAAGACGUUGAUACAUCUCAAGUAAUUACUGCAAUUGCAGAUGAUGAACCCUCCUCAAGUGGAACUACUACUUUGCCAGCAUUACCUGCUGCCGAAACCCCUGGUGUGACAGAACCGUCUGCUUCUGCAGUGAUUACUGUCUCUCAAGAUAAGCGUUAUGCAAAAUUUUUCAAGAUGAUUAAUAUGGGUGUCCCUGCUGCAGCUCUGAGACAGAAAGCACGAUUGGAAGGGCUCAAUCCAGAUUUGUUAGACACACCGGAUGCUCCAGCACCACCAAUCACAUCUCAGCAAUCAGGUGACACAGACUUCAGCGAUGAUGAAGUGGAUCAAGGCAGUACUGAUGACUCUGCUGACUUCAGCGAUUAGAUUAUCCUCAAACAUCCACUAAUCUCUGCUUCUUGGGAAUUGUUGGUAAGUUCCCACAAAACAAUAAUGUAAGUGUGCAUAAACAUGUGAGUUUGUGGGACUACACAUAACACAUAUCCCUGGUCCUGAUUGGUCAGUUGUUAAGAUCGAUUGACACUUCGGGAAAGGUCCAUUCUUUGUCAAAUAAUAUGACAAUAAUUAGAAUAUGUGUUUUUCUGAAGAUAUUUCAUAUUUCAAGUAUUUUUUUGCUAACGCAAAAAAAAAAAAUUUUGUUUGUUUAUCAACGUUGCACACAGUUUUCUGUGUGGCAAUUUUGUCACUUAGCUUUUUGAAAAACAGGAAAAAACAUAGUUUAAUGUUUUUACUUCCUAAGGAGAUUGAAGUAGCUACAGCUUCAUUUCUGAUAAGGAUCUAUGGUUUCUCUGAUUUAAUAUUCAGUAAUUAUUAAAAAUGACUUAUAUCAAUUUAAAAACAAAAUUAAGUGUCACAACCUCUUUAAAAGAAGCUCACAACAUAAUGGUAUGAAGCGCCAUGCAGACCUAAAUGAAAUUAAUAGUGGCCGUAACUCUAUUGUAAAAAGAUGGAACAUGUACUUUAGGAACGGCAAUUACAAUCAUUGUUUAGGAUGUGGUUUCAUGUUAUAACGAAUUGUUUUCCUUUUACAUUGUACUUCUAUGUAAUGUUAUUUUAAGUGUUUUACCAAGCUGACAAGAGGUUUAUGCAAGGGUCAGACCUACAGUAGCAGUUUAUUUUUUUAACUACACUUUUCAAUUUGUUCACUAACUCCGAAUAUGAAGAACUAAUUCAAGGUCAUAAAAUUCAGAAAUGAAAAAAAGUUGCAUGAUGAAGAUCAGGUAUGAUAUAUAACAUACAGUAAUAUUGAUAAAAAUUAGAAUAAGGAUUCAAAAUUUUAUUUUGAUUGUAUAUAAAAUUUAAGGAAGAUUAUUGAUAUUAUAUUGUAUAAUAUUACAUAAUAUACAUAAUAUUUAAGAUGUUGUUUCUGAUUUUAUUUCUUGUGAUUAGUGUUGUGUAAAAUAUGAACCAAGGCAGUAUAUGAGCGCUUUAAGGCUUAGCGUUAUGUAACAUUUACCUUAUUAAUCUCUACACUAGGGAGAUUUUGCAACCUUACGAAAACGAUAAGGAAUACGUCAUUAUCAUUAUCAUCAUUAUCAUUAUCGUCAUCAUUAUCAUCAUUAUCAUUAUUAUCAUCAUCAUUCUCGUCAUUCGAGCCUAAAACAUUUCUUCACAAUAUGCUGAACAAAUUGAAUAUGAUCCUUGGUUCAUGCAAAAGGCAUGACACCUACGAGUUGAUAUAGAUAUGCUAUUGUAAGGGAAGGGUUGUCUAAACAUUUGAUGACGUAACCAUAUUCGUUAUCGUUUUCGUAAGCUUGCCUAUGGGACGAUUCUAAUCACUCCUGACGUGUGUGUGUGUGUGUAAAGUUUUUAAACACAACUCAAAAAUAGCACAAGUCAGUGGUAAUGACUUUUGGCCUAUAGUUACUGUUUGACGAAUUGAUCCCUUUUUGGGGUUUGAAAUUUGCAGCUUUACAGGAUGUGAAACAAUUAUUGUACUCUUUUUGAGUCGUGUCAAGAUUUGCGAAUUAAGAUAGUUUAUUGGAGAAAUUAUCGGAGAAAUUGUAAGUGCUGCGUAAACACUGCCUAAAUUGUACUUAUAUCAUGACAUACUACAUGCACCUAGUGCAAAAUUGUUCGCACAGUCUCAGACUUUGAGAUGGAUAGAUAAUUGAUCAAUAUAGUUUCAUUAAAAACCAAACUUCUCGCAUAUUUUGUUUAAGUAUUGUGGCAUGACCUGAACAAACGAGACUCCUGUCAUAACAAAUACUAGAUUGUGUCGUGCUUGGCUUGGCAAAUUUUUUUUCUUUAUAAAUGUCAUCCAAAAUUGUUGAUUUAAGCAUUUGUUUGGAGCUUUUCAUGUUUUACUAUCUUGCACAACGAUGGCUACUUUGGAUUGACUAUUCUAUAAAGUAAUUAGGAUUUAGUACGCGCGUUAGACUAAUGCCAGAUUAUAUGUUUGCCAUGCAUUGAGACUGAAAAGUAAUGGUAAUUGUUUAUAUUUUCUCCAUGUUUAUAUUAUGUAACUAUAAUACUAAGAUGUUUUUUAAAAUUUAAAUAUGAUAAAUAUCAAAAUUGGAUUAAAAAACGAUGGAGACAAA